AUGUCGCAGGAACCCCACUUACCAAGUGUAACAGUGGUUCUUGAUCCACUUAGACGCAAUAUGGCAGCAUCCGACCCCGAGCUCGUGAUUCCCUUGAUCAUCGAUGGAGAAGAAGAGAAUGGAAGUGGCACAUUUGACGUCGUGAGCGCAACAUCUGGCAAAGUCUGCUGGAAAGCGGCAUCCGCGAGUUCUGAAGAUGCAAUUCGAGCCGUCGAAGUGGCGAAGAAAGCAUUUCCUUCCUGGUCCAAAGUUAAACCGCUGGUGAAGCAAAAAAUACUUUUCAAGGCUGCGGAUCUCUUGGAGAGUCGGAUGCCAGAAUAUGGAAAUAUUAUGCAAACGGAAAUGGGGGGAGCUGUAGGACCGGUACAUGACUGGAUUCUUCCUACUGGCGUGGCAUUCCUACGAGAUAUUGCAAGUCACAUCCCCUUGGUGACUGGUAGUGUUCCUACAGUUGCAGGUGAAGGGCAAAGCGCCAUGAUCUGGAAAGAACCAUAUGGGGUGAUAUUAGGAAUUGGACCUUUCAAUGCCCCGUUUGUACUAGGUAUGCGCGCCGCAGCUACCGCUAUUGCGACUGGAAAUACAACAGUGCUCAAAGGCUCUGAAUUGACACCAAAGUGCUAUUGGGCACUAGGAAAAGUAUUCCACGAUGCGGGACUACCAGCAGGCGUUCUGAAUAUUAUUUAUCUCAAACCGACCGACGGUGCAGUGGUCACAAACGCCAUAAUAAGACACCCGGCGGUUAGAAAGGUCAAUUUCACAGGAAGUACAGAAGUAGGCAGCAGGAUCGCUCGUACUUGCGGAGAGAAUCUCAAACCUUGUUUGAUGGAACUUGGAGGAAAGAAUAGUGCGAUCGUAUGCGCCGAUGCUGACUUGCAAAAAGCCGCCACAGAAUGUAUUAUCGGGGGUAUUUUGCAUUCUGGUCAGAUAUGCAUGUCAACAGAUCGCAUAAUAAUCCAUGCCGAUAUAGCAGAAAGGUUCUUGGAGGUUUUGAAAGCAACUUUUUUGGAUAUUGCUUCGUCGACACCUGCUCCACCACAUGUCGUUAACGCUGCCGCGAAAUCUCGACUGCAAGAGGUAGUCUCAGACGCUAUAUCCGAAGGAGCCUCCAGCCUUCUUGGCGGUUUUGAACACAUGCAGCGAAAAGAAACAGAUGAAAAUUCUCCUAUUACCUUCAUACCUAUGAUCAUUGGAGAUGUGAAAGAGGAUAUGCCUUUGUGGCGAGAUGAAAAUUUCGGGCCUGUUGCAGCAUACAGAAUUGUCAAAUCUGAUGAAGAAGCUAUAGCAAUGGCAAAUGAUACUGAGUAUGGGCUAUCAGCAGCUGUAUUCACCCAAGAUCUGCGGAAAGGGUUCGCCAUUGCAAAGCAAUUGGAGUCUGGUGCUGUUCAUAUCAAUAGUAUGAGUGUUAGAGACGAGCCUGCUUUGCCAAUGGGAGGCGUGAAGAAGAGUGGUUGGGGUAGAUUCAAUACCGUCCUCGGGAUGGAGGAAUUCUUAGUCGCAAAAUCAGUGACUUGGGAUGAUUGA